GGGCGAGGCGAGGCGAGGCGAGGCGAGGUUCAUCCCGCAGCGGGAUCGCUGCCACCAGGGCUCGGGGCUCGUCCUGCCUUGGAGCCGCUCAGCGGCCCCGUCCCGAGCGAUGGAGAACUACCACGUACUGGAAAUGAUCGGCGAAGGGUCCUUUGGGCGCGUGUACAAGGGGCGCCGGAAGCACAGCGCCCAGGUGGUGGCCUUGAAGUUCAUCCCCAAGGUGGGGCGGUCUGAGAAGGAGCUGAAGAACCUGCAGCGGGAAAUUGAGAUUGUGAGAGACCUCCAUCACCCUAACAUCAUCCAGAUGCUUGACAGCUUUGAGACUGCUAAGGAGGUGGUGGUAGUGACUGACUAUGCAGAGGGAGAGCUCUUCCAGAUCCUGGAGGAUGAUGGGAGUUUGCCUGAGAACCAGGUCCAGACCAUAGCUGCCCAGCUCAUCUCUGCUCUCUAUUACCUGCACUCCCACCGCAUCCUGCACCGUGACAUGAAACCCCAGAACAUCCUGCUGGGCAAAGAUGGUGUUGUCAAGCUCUGUGACUUUGGGUUUGCCCGUGCCAUGAGCAUCCACACCAUGGUGCUGACAUCCAUCAAGGGCACCCCGCUGUACAUGUCCCCUGAGCUGGUGGAAGAACGGCCAUAUGACCACACAGCAGACCUGUGGUCUGUAGGCUGCAUCCUGUAUGAGCUGUUUGUGGGCACUCCUCCCUUCUACACCAACAGCAUCUUUCAGCUUGUCAGCCUCAUCAUCAAGGACCCUGUCAAAUGGCCCACGACCAUGAGCCCAGUGUUCAAGAGCUUCCUUCAGGGAUUACUAAUGAAGGACCCCCACAAGCGCCUGUCAUGGCCAGAGCUACUUUCUCACCCCUUCAUUGCUGGACGGGUUACUGUGAUUGAUGACACAGAAGAGCAUGGGAUUUCAAACCCCUUUACCAUCAAGCUAUCUCCGGAGCUGCAGGCCCUGAAGGAGCAGCAAGUCCAUUCCAUGGCCCCCAGGAGCACCCAGUCCAGGAUCUUGAGAAAGGCCCAGCAGAAGAUGGUUGAAGAGACACAGAAAAAGGUGGAGAAAAGUGGGCAACUGAAGGCACAUGAUGCAUCUAUGAAGGAUUCUGCCAAUGGACAUCCCACACAUAGUCCCAGAGCAGCAUCAUGGAAGGCAGCCCCUGAGGAGAGGGAGCCAUUGGCUGCCUCCAAUAAAAAGAAUCCAUGUCUCCUGCAAGGAAAGAGCAGCACAGCAGAGUGGGAGUUGGAGGAGUCUCCUCCCAUCCCAGGGAGAGAGAGGCAGAGGCUGGGGCAGGAGGAAGAGGGAAAGGAAAGGUCUUUCACUGACUGUACUGUUUCCUUGGCCAGGCAGCACAGCCUCUCUCAAGACUAUGAGUGGGAGGUUCUUGGAGCAGGUUCCCCUCCACAGCCUGGUGCUGGCAGGGCAGAGCCCUGCACCAGGCACAGCACUGCGGCUGUGGACCUGGAGAGUGAGGAGCUGGAGAGUGAUGAGGAGUGGUGGCACCUGAUUGAGGACACUGAGCCCUCAGCCAUGGAGCUGAGCGUGCCUCUGAGCCUUCUGAGGGACUCAGCUUUCCAGCACCGUGUCCAGGACCGCCUGGCAGACUCUGCUCAGCAGGUGCUGGAAGGGAUGCUGGAGGGAGCCUCCCAUCUUCGUUCUGUGCUUCGUGUUAUUGGCAACCUCCUGUCUACCCGGUGUGAUGCUGUGCUGCUGGACCACUUCUGCCGAGAGCUGAAUGUGCCUCUGUCCCUGCUGUGUCUAGCCAAGCAGAUCCUGGAAAGUGGUGUCACCAAGCAGCAGCCCUGGUGUAUCGCUGUGCUGACAGACCUCCUCAUGGUGACCAAAGUUUGUUUCAGUAGCCUGGAGGAGAGUGGGCAAAAGGACAGCCUGCAGGCCGUCCAGGAGAGUGCUGACUGCUUCCUGGCCCUGCUGCCGGAGCUGCUGGCUGUGCCAGUCGACAGUGAGAUGAGACUCUGCCAGCAAAGCCUCCUGUGCUUCACCCAGCUCUGUGAGAGCCUGGACACGACAGACCCCUCUAUCUCUGCACACUUGUACACCAGGCUGCAAGAGGAGCAUCAGCCCCUGCUGAACAGACUCCUUCAAGGAUCCAUCUCAGAGCAGCCUGCUCUUCGAGGUGCAGCAGUGGAAGCCAAGUCAGCCCAUGACCAGAACCCAGGUGUAGCAGACCUCUUCCUGGCUGCAUUGGCUGCUGCAUGCAGCAUGCCCCUGGAGAGAAACAGCUGUCGGGAAGCCAAGGAGCAGGUUGCUCACACAUUAGCUGAAAAGCUUAUAGAAGGAGAGAGCCAGCAGCUUGCAAGACUGCUGGGGAGACUGGAGGACCCAGGCUGCUCCUUGAACGUCCUGAAGAUCCUCUAUGCUGGCUGCCAUGCCUACCCAAACCUGUGCCAGCACCUGGGAAGGAGCCAGCCACUGUGGGGUUCCCUCAUGCAGCUCUUGAAGGGUGAGGUCCCUGUGGUGGAGGUGACUCAGGAAGCAGCCUGUGAAGCCUCUCUGUACCUGCUGGCCCUGCUCACCCUGCAGCUUCAGGCAUCCCCUCCCAGGUGUGAGGAGAUGGUUGCCCUGGCUGUGGAUCUCAUCACACAGUCUCCUGUUGUGUCCCUUGUGGGUGCUGCAGCAUUUCUCCUGGCACAGCUCAGUCAGCAUGGGGUGGCUUUGGAGCUCAAGAAAGAAAAGAUCCUACCAGUGGUAACAAAUGUGCUGACUGCACCUGCUGAGCUGCAGCUCCCCCUGCCAAUGGGUGCUGGUCUCUAUGAUGGGUUCUUUUUCCUCUUGCUGAAACUCCUUGAACAGGAGGAUGUGGUCUCGGAGCAGGGCUUUGCUUCCUCCGAGCUAUGGAGCCUGGUGUGGCAUUGUGUUGCUGUGGUGCUUCAUGUGGACACCAACAGGGCAGCGCUGGAGGGAGACCCACCCCCAGGUGCUGGUCACCCCAUGGCAGAGCCAGACUGGAACCUCCUCUCCCCUCAAGGAACCCUGUUAUUCCUCAGCCUGGCCCUCAACAUCUUCACUCGUGAGUCCCACCAGUGUCUGCCUCAGCUCACCCAGUCCCAUGGUGUCCUCAUGGUGACACUGAAGAGACUGCUGUCCCCUGGCUUCUUAGCAUGCGUGGCACAGAUGCAAGCAGGAAAGGAUGGGGACCCCGAGGUUGUCCCAGAUGUGGUCAUCCAGGUCUGCCAGCUCCUCUGUUUCCCUUUUGCCCUGGAUGUGGAUAAAGACACCUUAGCACUCAUCAUGGAGGCUAUGAGAGAUACCCAGAUCCCUGCCCAGCUGCUGCAGGUCUGCGCUCACCAUCUGCCCUUCUCGUUCACCGAGCUCCCCAUGGGCCUCUUGUGCCAACUUGUGGUGUCUGAUACACAGGUCAUAGACCAAGUGGUGAGGGAAGCUACUGCCUCGGAGCGCAUUGUUGCCUUCUUGAAGUCUGUCUUGUUCUCAGACAAUGUCAUACUCACAAGUGACCUCCUGUCUCUCUUGACCCACGUGGCCCGGGCCUGUUCAGAGCACCUGCCCUUUCUCCAGAGGAUCCUGAGGGACUCAGAUGUGGCUGACCAGCCACUGACCUACCUGCUCAGCCACAAGCAACAUCUGAUACGGGCCAGAACCUGCAACUUGCUGGGCAACCUGCUCCGCCACAGCUUUUCCCCAGCGCUGCAGAGCCAGCCGGAUUGGCUGGAGAGGCUGCUGGAGUGCCUGUCGGACCCGGAGAGCUGCGUGCGCAGGGCAGCCACCUUUGCAGUGGGCAAUGCUGCCUGCCACGCGUCUUGCCCGGCAGGGACCCUGGGCAGAGCCGUGCCUGCGCUGACCCGGCUGCUGAGCGACUCGCGGGCCCAGACGUGCUGCAACGCGGCCCUGGCCCUGAGCAACCUGGGCCAGCGCGGGGAGGAACUGCGGGAUCUGCUGAUCCAGAACAGGGCCCCCGACCUCCUGCUGCAGGUGACCUGCCAGGACCCACGGAAGACCGUGCGGGAGGGAGCCCUCGAGGCAUUGCGAGCCCUCAGCCAGCACCCUGGAAUCCAGCAGGUCCUGCUGUCCCUCAAAGCCACCGAGAGGCUGGCCGCUGUCAGUCCCCGGACGCCUUCUGCCCGGCACUGCGAGCUACUCCGCCGCCUCGCAGCUCUGCCCGGCCGCGCGGGGCCCGGCCAGCUGUCGCCGCGGACCGGCGCUGAGCGGUGAUGCCCGGGCAUCCCGGGACACCACCGACGCUUCCUUCACCCUUCUCAGGCUCCAGCCGGACCUUCCUUGCAACCCGCGUUGUCCGCCUGAGCGGGACUCUACCCGGCCGUCUUUACGCGGGGUGCCCCCCGCGGGAAGCCGGCCCUGAAAAAAUGCCCGUUCCAUCUGUAACCGCGCCUUUCCCGACGGCUCCCACAGCCGUGGCCGCGCCGCCGCCGCCGCCAGGCUCCGCCGCGCCGCCAGGGGGCGGUACAGGCCCCGACGCGGUGGCUGCCGGGAGCUGUAGUCACGUGGGCCCGCCGGCUCCCCAUGGUAACGGCGGCGGCGGGUCCGGCGGGCCCGGGCGGGCGAGCUUGCCAGGGUAGCAGCUCUCCUUGAGGAUGUGUAGCUCCUAUGGGAUACUGCAUGGGCUGUUCCAUCUCCUACAUCCUCUGGCUGAGAUGCUGUUGACCUGCUAUCUUCUGGAGACUGGAGCUGAUUCACAGGCUGAGAAGGUCUGGCAGGUGUAGGUCUGUCUGACCCAGCCCUGUGGUGGCGUGAGCUGCUGUGAUGGUGCUACAGAGCAACCUCAGAGUCUCCAAGCUACACUUUAACUGCUGCAGCUGAGGCUUGUCUUUCAGUGUGUGAGAGCUGGAAGGUGGAAGAACCAGCCAGCCUGCUUGGAAUACAAAUUCCUAUCGCAGCUGUAUCCAGGGGCCCUCCAGGCAUGUGUUGAAGCAAUAACUAGCUAGUGGUUUGUUUUCUCUUUUCCCUUCUCCUCAGGCAAGAGGAUGUUGCA